AGGGAGGCAGAAACACUCAGAGCACAGGAGACAGAGAAGCAACCAGGCAGAGAGGGAUCUGGCGGACUGGUGGCCUUGCAUAACACGCAGUACUCACGCAGGUCUUGGUGUGAUCUCCAGCAGGGGGGGACUUCCUUUACCUUCGGCCGGCUGCAGGGCCAGCGCAACCUCCUGAGCAGAAUCCACAGAGAGGAAGGGGAGAGCUGGACCAGCCACAGCGCUAUUUCCACGAGAAGAGAGCAGCACAAAGGAGAGAUUCAAGAAGAGGAGUCCUAGGAAACACGUCUCCAACACACAGACACGCACACACACCCGCACACACACACUGACAGUGAGGAGGAAUCCUUGGACAUGCUCUGCAAGCAGUGGCUGUGGAGAGACUGACUUCUGUCAACAUCGUGGAAGAGAGGGAUCGAUCAGAGAUGAUUCCUCAUGAAGUUUAUGGGGCUCAUUUUGUGAGCUGGAGUAACUCCAUCUUCUCUGGUGUGAGACCUGGAACUGUCCACCAGUAAACACAAAGAAUCAGAGCCACAGAGCAUCCCCAGAGGCUGACCCUGGCACAUAACCACUGAGUGUAGUUAAGUGCUUGAGAAAGGGGCCUCAGAGGAGCCUAGAAGUAAUACGAGGGAAGAGUUAGACCACAGCGAGACAAUGAAAGCCAAUCAAGAGCGGAGCAAUGGAUGUCUGCCUCCUAAGAAGCGUGAGAUCCUGGCUCUGGAGCAGAGGCCAUUGGUAGUAGCCACAACAACACCUCCUGCAGUGGUUACUGAUAGUGCCCAUGCUGAAAACCUAGCAUGGCUGGCCAGUGUAGCCAGUGAACGCUGUAAGUCCAGAGAGUCUGAGAGCCCAAGAUGUCAUGUCUCUUCUGCUUCAUCCUCCUCUCCUUCCACAUCUAUUCCUUCCCCAGCCACUCCUCUUUCUGCAGUGCCCUUGGCAUCUCUACCUGCAGUUUACCCAGCUGCCCUUCCACAGCAAGCCGGGACUAUCCAGUUCGCUCAGCUUGGACCCAAUGUUCAGUUCAUCAGCUCUGGACCAUACGCUGGGUACAUCUCCUCUCACAUCAUCCCAACUAAUGCUACUUCUGUAUCCAACAGCUCUAUAGUAGGCCAGCGCCCACAUCCAGAUGGUUACACCACUGCUCUGCUCCCCUCAAACACCAAAGGGGAGCAGCAGUUUCAAAUAGGCCUCUCCUCCACAGAGCUGGCCCCUGUGUCGCUUUCAAGUUCUCCUCAAGUCACCAGCCAGUACAUCCAUCUGGACAGCAGAACACCUCUGACUGUCAGCGGAAACGCUAUGACAUCACCCGCAGGCCACCUCCAGCUUCACCCUCACACAGCCGUCCUUCCCCAGACGCUAACUCUUGCUCCAUCACAGCUUGUGGUUCAGUAUGCAGAUGGUUCGGGUGGAAAGAAACCAGAUGGGCAUGCUAAGGCUAUGAUGAAUGGGGAAUUGGAGUUGGUGAAACAGGCAAAAGCCACCAGUCAGCCAGCAAAUCAUCAGCAAGUCCAAAGCUAUGAGGCCAGACAUAUCCUUCUACCUGCUGACUAUGGCCAAAAUCCCACAGGGCUCCAGACCUCCUUGGUGCUUUUGGCCCAGCCCAACCACGGAGCUGAACACGAACCUGGCUCAAACAAGAUCUCCUUAGUCCAAACUGAGAAAGGAAGCAUCUGCUUAGGAAAACCAGUUUCCAGAGCCCCCUCCUUCACUUCCCUGUCAACCUCAGAUAUGGUGAAGUCUGUGGCUCCUCAUACUGUCAUCCAGACCACUUUAGCCCACGAGGAGUUGCCAGCCAGUCUCUACUCCACCACACAGCCCCCCAUCAUCGGCUAUAUCACCAGCGCAAACCAGCACGCUGUCAGCUACCAUGCAACACUGCCCCAGCACCUGGUCAUCCCGAGUGGACAGUCCCUCCUCAUCCCAGUCAGCAAUGCAAAUAACAGCGCAGAAAUAGAGGUUGGUCGUACAGUCGGCGCCCUGACUGCCACCACCACUCCUCAGAUAUCGACUGCCAUGCCACAUGCCUAUCUGGCCACAGCGCUGUCCAAGUGCGAGGCACUUGGACCAGAUGGACAUCCACCCUCCCAUGUGGCACAGACUCCAGCAUUGGCAGUACUGCCCUCAAAUCCUGUUCCUGCAGCAGCGGCAGCUUCAUCCCCAGCUCCACCUCCUGUUCUCACUCCUGCCCCCGUUUCUAUCCAGGCCUCCCCAUCCAUCUCUUCUUCUUCAUUAUCUUCAUCUUCUUCAUCUUCUUCUUCUACUUCUUCUUCUUCGCCCGUUGCGCUUCCUCCAUUCUUCAUGCGAGGCUCCAUUAUCCAGCUGGCUGAUGGGGAGCUCAAGCGUGUGGAAGAUCUCAAGACAGAAGACUUUAUCCAGAGCGCUGAGAUCAGCAGUGAGCUGAAGAUUGACUCCAGUACCGUGGAGCGCAUUGACAGUGGCCAAAGUCCUAAUGCUGUGGUCAUCCAGUUUUCAGUAGGAGAGCUCAAAGCUCAGGUGUGUGUGGAGGUUCUGGUAGAGUAUCCUUUCUUUGUAUUCGGCCAGGGCUGGUCGUCCUGCUGCCCCGACCGGACCACGCAGCUGUUUGAGCUGUCCUGUGCUAAGCUGUGCGUGGGUGACGUAUGUGUGUCACUGACCCUGCGGAGCUUGAAGACCGGCUCAGUGACGGACAUUCAGUCCAUGGGGACCAAGCUGAAGACCGCUAACCUCUGUGACUCUUCUCACAACACGGAUCUCAAUAUGAGGAACAAUACGAGUCCCGGUGCUGCAGGCAGUAACAGUGGUCUCCUCAUGAAGGGUUCCAGCGCAGACAGGUUGGAGAGACGGCAGGUUACUGGAACGGGACCAGGAUUUGGGCUACCCGCAGGAAUGGGACCGGUUCAAGGACAAGGAGAGGGCAUCUACAGAGCUGGACCAAUGCUAGCAGUCCCAGGGACUGGAGACGACAGACAUGAACCAAUGAAAACAGACAUGUCUAAAUUACAGUGUGUUGAUCAUCAGAGACACUCGGUCCGCAAGAGGCGCUGGUCAGCUCCCGAGCGAGACCAGACUGAUAAAGUUGAGGAGGAGCCUCCUGUAACUCUGCCCAAACCCUCCUUUAUCCCACAGGAGGUCAAAAUUAGCAUUGAAGGUCACUCCAGUGCUGGGAGAGAAAUAAUGCUUGAACAAAAGAGUGGACUGUUAAGAAAACCUUAAAAUACCUGUGGUUUGCUUUGUGUUUAGCUUCUGUCUUUUACUCUAUCCCAAUUAUUGUAAUAUAGACUGACUUUUGGCAGUAUUUACUUGUUUCCUUUCACACGAGUCUGAUAUCUUUGAUGAAGUACAGUACAGCACCUUCAUGAGUGGUAUCAUACACCAGAUCAGUGCAAUCAAUGCUAAAAGCAAAAAUGAAUGCAGUGCGAAUGUUGAGUAUGGAUGGCAGUCAGACAUCUGAGAGUGAUACAAAUCAGCUGGAUCUCCUCCCUCAUGGAGCUUAAACCUGUUGGAUACAAAUGUUUUAAACAUUACCCUUAUUACACGAUUAAGCACAGACCCCACUGCCGGUGAGUGGGAAGUAGGAAAGUUUAUUUUCACUCCGUUUCAAAAUGUAUUUUAGUGAUGCGGGCAAAAGGUCAAGGGAAAGUGAGACCUUUGGUGCUUUGACGACAUGCUUAGCAAUUAUGGCUGUGACCUCUGCCAUCUUAUGCAUCUGAUAUGGUUUAGAGUUUAUAUUGUUUAUCUUUUUCGUACCAUUGCAUAUGCAUGAUCUGCUGCAGAUGGCCUUGUUUCUCUGUGUUGCUGUGUGUUUGAGCGUGUGUGCCGGCCCGUACGUAUGUGGCACAUGAUUUAAGCUGGUUUUGCUGGUAGCUGUGAACAAAUCAAGAGGAAAACGGCGUGAAUGUAAACCACCAGACACUAUCUCAUGAAAUAUGGAAAAUAUUUCCUUCUUUCUUUCUUUUUUUCUUUUGCAACAACACAGACGAGUGCGCCAGCAAUGCUUUUGCCGUAUGUGUUGCACAUUCACUACGGUAGUUGAAUUCUUUUGAAGUUCCUUAGUCGGGUUUACCUUGACGCAGUGACCUAGAGAUUUGGUCUCAUUUGCAGUAUUUCAGAUAUGUACAGAGAGAAAAUCAAUGUGUUUCUUUGUGAUACCACUGUGUUUUUACAAGAUCUAUAUAUGAAUACAGGCCUUUAACUGCUAUACAAAGCACAGCUGCCAAACUUGGCUAACCCCAUCAAUUUUGGACACAUGCAGUAAUACAGGAAAGUCAACACUAUAGUUUAAUAUUUUGUCUGUCACCAGCAUCAGUAUCAUAGGGAGGUGGUAGGUGGGGAUCUAAGUGAGAAUGCUGGAAAAUGUUGUUUUCUCAUAGCUUAUUGGUUUCCGAAUCCAAAGGUAUCCUUUCUUUUAAAGACAUUCUGCUUUAGUGUCAAUUUUACCCAAAAUGGGAGCAUCAUUUAUAAAACAUGCAAGAAGGCUUGGCUCUCUCAAUUUACAAGCGCACAGGGAAGAAGUUUACGCAGGCAACAAAUAAAGUGAGAAAACACGUAGGAGACGUACACCACAGGAGUUAGGAUAAAGUGCAUUGCAAACAGAAAUCACCCGCAGUCACACUUGGCUGUGAUGUGGGAUUAACCGUAGUGGAAAUGUUCCAACGGUGCACAAAAAAAAGAGCAUUACUGCACCACCUGCAAUUUUACAAUAUUGUUGCAUAUAGGCUACAUGGAAACCAAGUGAAAGUUGGUUAUUAAAAUCCAUGAAUAGAUACCAAAAAGUCACAGAAUAAGGUAUAUUCGUGACCCUGGUUGCUCACUCACCUUCCUGUCCUCAUAUUCAUCCACAUAAUUACAAGUGGAGCUGCGGAAAGUAGAUGGACCUUGAAUGUUGCAUGUAUCGUGUGCUGAAGGAGAUAAUUAAAAAAGACUUGAACAUCCUUUAGCGUAGGAUACAAAACUGUGCAAAAGGAGAAAGAAAAAAAUUGUAAGCUCCUUUUUUUUUCUUUUCGGCAUUCAGCGAAUUCCACCAGAUCUAAUCACAACAGCCACUUGGACAAUUGCAUGAAUAUAAGAAUACUGUUUGAACACAUUACCAUGUUCGCUCCCAAUCACAAACCUAGUUGAUGGUGUUCAUAGUUUUUUUAUACAAUCUUUGCUUAAAACAUGCAGUUUAAAUUGGAAACUUGAUAACGCUUACACAAAGCGAUACAAGCAUUCACUUAUACAAGGAACCUAAUAACUUGUAGUUUAUUGUACCCUAUUUUUAUUUACUUUGCUUUUUUACUUUGCCUUUUAAAUCAGCGAGCUCCUGAGGUUAACACAUGUCUUAUUUUCAUUUUCUACACUACUUGCUUGUGUCUUUGUCUGAUGCAGAACAGAAAAGAAGGCAAUUGUUCUGCUUUUUGAGAUGAAAAUCAAUCCUGAUGAGUGCGUUGAUGGUAUGUUGCCGUUCAAGAAACCACAAUAUUUUUGCUAAAGGAUGCCUAAAAAUUCUACGACAAAUCUGGGAAAAACUGCAGUCAGGUGACAAUUAUUUCAGCGUUUGACAUUGUGCGCAGCCCCUCUAGCUGUGGCGAUGUUGCUUUCUGUAUAGAAAACUUCUAUCUUAGAUAAACAAUCAAUACCAAGUUCACAGAAGCAUUUUUUUUUUUUUUUAAUUUUAAAAUGUAAGCGAUGGUAUGCAUGGUGUCCAUACUUGAUGUGUCAGAGUACCGCUGUUUUGAUCAAAGCAGCACACUCCUAUUAGAUUUGAGUACACGUGAUUCUUAUCUUAGAGAAAAGAGAGCUCUUUUGCUCAUACUCAGGAACAGUGUGUAUCCGUCUGUGUCUGUGUGUGUGUGUGUGUGUGAGAGAAUGUACAGCAGAUGUUUUAGUGUACGUGCGUGUGCCUGAGACAGUACGUGCAUGUUCACAGUCACUUGUACGUUUGGAUUUGGAAAAAGCAGCACUUUGAUGGCUCAUCCAGUUGGAGUGCGGUGGCAGUCGAGCCCCCCUCCAUCAGCUGUUACAUGUAACGACGAGUGUUUCUCAUUGCAUCACACGUCCUGCAGGUUCAUCACAGAGAGAAAACAUUAUGGAAUGUAAACAGACAUUUGGCAAACGUUAUUUUUUCUGAUGAAUUAUAGAGAUACUAUUCAGAGGAAGACAGAGAGAGAGAGAUGAAGAGUUAACUAGUAAAUUAGUGUUAAUCAUGUACAGUGAAUUUUAUCUUAGCAAGUGUACAGUGUGUAUUCUAACCUUUAUAUGGCCUAUGUACUGUAUGUGCCACAGCACCUCCUUCUUCAAUCAUUCCAUUGACUCACCAAUACGAAGAGACGUUCUGCUGCUGAUUGCGUCAGCUCUGGUAUAUUGAUCAAAUGUUCAUGAAUGUCCGAUUGCUCUUUGGGAAACAUCUCCAUAAACGGGCCACCGCAGGAUUAAUUUGACUCGGUGACAUGCAGCGUGUGUGAAAACGGACUGCGGUUUCUUCUAAUAGCCAUUUAACUUUUGAACGGUGUUAAUUGUAAAACCCAGUAACCAGACUGUUCUGUUUGUGUUUGACUCGCUCAGGCUAAACACUGCCCUCUGACUGUUCUCCUCCAAAGCUACGUGGUCUUAUAUCUUUCACUGUUACAAAAGUACAGCUACUACUUGUCUUAAUAGCCAUUUUCUGUCUUUUAACCUGGCCUGUGUUUGUACUUUCGUAAAGCAAAUUAUUUUUCAAAUACAGAUUUGAAAUGUCAUCAUGAUUC